AUGUCACACCCCACCUUCUUCCUCCUGGUUCUCUCCAUCUUCCCCACCGCCUCCGGCACCGCUGCAAACUUAUCGUCACCAUGUCCGACAUAUGACUGUGGUAACGGUGUACAGAUAAGGUACCCUUUCUGGCGCCUAGACAACACCACCUCUACCCAAUUUUGUGGGUACCGUGACUUCGGUCUCACUUGCUCCGACUCCGGUGAGCCCAUACUGAGUCUACCCAGUGAUUCAUACUACGUCAAAAAUAUCAGUUAUGAAGAAUAUACCCUCACCCUGGUGGAUAUUGACAUUUUGGACCAAUCGUGCCCCAGGGCGCGUCACAACCUUACUAUCAAUGCCACGCUUCCGUUGUAUUACUCUUCUUUGGAUUUGAACCUUACCUUUUAUUUUAAUUGCACUUCCACCUCUUCCGUUUUACAACAUAUACAGUGCUUAGCAUCCUAUGCGAUGAAGUCUUAUGUUUUUAUAGUGGGGGAGGAGACGGACAACUUCGAUUGGUUGGCAAAUUGCGAGGAGAAGGUGGUGGCGACGGUGAUGGAGGAGGAGAUCAGUAUUGCGAACUUGAGUGGUGAGUUUGGUGGGGCCAUGAAGAAGGGCUUUAUACUUGAUUGGCGAAGUGUUAGAGAUUGUGGUGAAUGUGAGGCACAUGAUGGGCUGUGUGGGUACAAUAAUGCUCAAGGGGAGGGCUUGUGCUUUUGCAAGGAUGGCUCCAUAAGCAGGGAUAACUGUAAAGUGGGCAAAAUUGAGUACCCUUUCUGGGUAGAUGGGGACCAACCUGAUUACUGUGGUCAUCCGGCGUUCAAGCUUGACUGCAUGGGAUUUAAGGCCACCAUAGAGAUAAUGAACCGAAAAUAUGAUGUCAUUAACAUCAAUUAUGAGGCUCAAAUCCUGACGAUUGCCAGAGUCAAUGAAUUCUUCAUUAAAGAUAUAUUGUGUCCUGAACAGAAUGCAACCAUGGAUUCCACCCUCUUCAAAUACACUUCCAACACCCAGAACGCCACCCUGUUCUACAAUUGUCCCCCAGGGUUUGAACAUCCCGCGACUUGGAAAUUUAUCUGUUUGAAAUUCGGUGCUCUAGACUGUGCUUUUUUUGUGUUAAAUACGUCCCUGGCCACUGAACUCGUAAGCAUAUGCGGGGCUGGUGUGGUCGUUCCGGUCCUUGCAACUGCUGCUCAGGGCUUUAUGAAUCAUUCAUUAGCUUUUGUUCAAGUUCUGAAGGAAGGGUUUGAGGUGCAAUGGACAGUAGAAGAGGGACAAUGUCGAGGUUGUGCUGAGUCUGGAGGUAGAUGUGGAUAUAAUUUGAGUUUUAGCCAACCCAGUUGUUAUUGUCCUGACAAACCUUAUUCAACAAGCUGUCCAACUCUAAAGGCGCCGCCACCGAUUGCACCAGCUCCAACUGCUUUGAAUUCGCCAAAGUCAAAUCAAAACAUCUGCAGCGAUGAGCUGAUUCAAAGUUAUUUGGAUACCCAGCAAUGA